AUGGCGGCAAGCCAAGAGUUUGAGCAAAGCAAUUCAUCGCAAGUUAAGCAAAUAGAAACGCAAUUGUUGCGACUGGGCAGUGUGGAAUCGAACGAAGGGCUUGAGAAAGGCUGGAGGACGGCCGACGUCGUCCAAAAGUCCUCCUCGAGCUCUUCGCUUUCCAAGCAAGUCAUCGCAAAAACAGUACGCAGUCAGUCAACGCAAAACGUCGCAAAUAGCUCGAUGGCAACGCAAAACGUCGCAAAUCUUUCAAUCUCAUCAGAAAACGUCGCAAAUACCUCAAUUUCAACGCAAAAUUCUCAGCUAGAAGUUCGACUCGUGGGCAAAGACAACGUCGCGAAGCAGUUGAUCGUGGUUCUCGAAGAAGCUUGGGAAGUCGUCAACGCUGAAGUGACCAUGAGAAGAUCAUCCGUCGCCAAAAAAGAUCAAAAAUUCAAAAUAUCCGAAUUUGUGGAAAGAAGAGAAGAAGUAACCGAUGGAAUCUGGUCAACGCGGGUCGAAGAAAUGAAAACAGCAAGAGAUUUUUCCGAAUCAACCAACGAAACGUUGGAAAUGAAAACUUUUGAAAGUCAGGAAGAAGUGCAAAACAAUGAAUUCAGUCAGAAGAGAUCAAUUGAAACAAGAAAAGCAAGUCAGACAUUCUCUGAAGCCAUUCGUGAAUCUCAAGAAAGAAUUUUCAAAAUCGAAGAAACCAAGAAAACUGAAGACAUAGGGCAAGUAGAAGCAGAAGAACUUGUUGGAAAAACUUUGAGACAGAAGAGUUCUUUGGGUGAUGUCGCAAAUCUCCAAGAACAAGGCGAAGAAGAGGUGAACACCGACGGAACCUUCGGCUCAAUAACGGCUCCAGGGCCAGCGGAGGGAUUCGCUUCCACCAAGUUCUUGGAAGAAAGAAAGUCCCGAGCGCAGCUGACAAAACAAGCAAGCAUCGAAGUUUUUCAAUCGUCGGAACACAAAUUGAGAAGAAACGAAGAACAUGGUAUUUCUUCUGUGAAACAUCGAAGUUCUUCUAGAGAGUCUGUAAAGCUGGCAGGAAGGACGCCGCUUUCCCGGGAAGCAAGUCUGGAAGGCAGAUUCACCGUUCCAGAUAGCUGGUCUUCCAUUGAACAUCGACUUCGGACGCCUUCUGUCGAUUCUGCUGCUCUCCGAGUCAGACAGCCCAGCGAAGAGUGCGUUUUGGGAAUGUGGAACACGCGCAAAGGAGAGGAAACACGCAAAACAUUGCCGACAAAAUCGACUGAAAAAGAUGGAGCUCAACUGGCAACAAAGGCCAGUAUGAAUGUUUCCAGCGAGACGAAUUUGGCCUUAUCCCAAGAUGAACUUCUUGAAGGAGGGAAGAAGAUAUUUGGUGAGCAGCUUCGUCAAAUUAUUUCUGCAGAGUUUGGCAUCGCCAGCGAUUCCUUGGAUAAAUUCCUCGAGCUCAUGCCGAAACUUCAUUGGGAGUCAAUCACUCUCCCAGAAAAGGAAAGAAGAAAAAUAGCAAUUAAUAUCAGAGCCCUCUGCCCUGUUCACUACGACGCUCUGAGCAUCGUUGGAAGGAUUCAGGCGCCUCCGACAGCAGAAGACGGCGCAGAAAUCGUUUUCAAAGAGGUACGGGGUUUCAACAUCGCAGUGCAUUUGAAGGAGUGUCUGGAAACUGCGAUUCUUCAAAACGAAGAGUUUAGCAAUAUUACUCCGAAAGAACAAACCAUUUUCUCAUCUCUUCUGGCAACCAUGGUCAGCUGUGAUCUUACAGCUCUAGCCUCAACUCAUGUUGAGAACGAAACCAACAUGGAUUAUCACCGGAGACCAGCUCCUCGCGAAGUUCAAAAGGUCCUCAGAACGGCAAGUACGACCAAAAUCGACAACAGAUUCACUGAAACGAGAGAGGAAAUGGUUCACGGAAUCUGGUCCUCAGACUCUUUCGUUGAAGGAGUCAGUGGGAAGAUUUUGCAAAGAAGCAAAUCAACAGAGUCUGUCCAGUUGAAAGCACGAGCCAGCGUGGAAAGAUCUUGCAGCAAGGAUGCCCAACUGGCAAGAGAAGUCAGAGAAGGAAGUUCUACCACGAUCGGAUUCUCCCUUUCAGAAGAAGUCAAGCGCCGGCUUUCGAUUGAUGAACAAACGAAAUCAGCUGUCUUGAGCCGCGGAGAAGCCGUCCGAAGCCAAUGGAAAAGUUUUGACACUCCUCGAGAAGCAAGGGCCAGUUCGACAGUGCGCGAAUUAGGAAAAGCAGAUGUCGAAACAGGCGGAGUUUUGGGACAACUGUCAUCGCCGUUGCCAGAAUACGCUGGAGCCGAAAAAAAAAUCCAAGAAAAGAACUUUGUUGGAGUUUCUUCAAGAAUGAGUGCUAGUAGAGAAGUUCUGCAAAACCAAGAACAAACUUUUGAAAGAAAAAAUUCGGUACACGAAACUUUCAAGAAAAUCGACACUUCCUCUGUUCAAACUGCCACUCUCCGAGGAAAAGCUCCAGUUGAUCAAGAAAUAAGCACUGACAAGGCUUUUGGCUCUCAGGAGUCACAGAAAAACGUGGAGCAACUUAGGAAAGCAGCUCUGACUGAACAUGCUUUCAUUGACGCGCAAGAAACUUCAGAAACGACAGCCACAGGCUUGUGGAGAACAAGCUCAAAUGCGGAAGCUUCAACAGGAUUCUUCCUUCAAAAAACAUUAUCAACCCAGUCUCUGGAUAAACAUUUAGCCGCACCGAUUAGCACUACAGUCGACGUUUCUGAAGAUUUAACAGGAGAAGGAUCUGAAAUUCGAGCCGCAACUUUCAGCGAAAAAUCAACAGAUCGUCUAACCAAAAACUUCGGAAUUUCUCAAUCUGAAGCUGUUCACCGAUUCGACGGCCCGAACGAAGCCGGAGAAGGAAAGAUUUUAUUAGGUGAGAAAAGAGUUAACUCAGCUGUAGGAAACGUUUUUGAACAAUCUGUACAAAGUUUGAAGUUUGGUGGGACCUUCGGAGAGUUAGAAGCGCCUAUGCAGCAGGAAGAAGACGUUGAGCAAGUUUUUCGUGAAAGAAGACUAGUCCGCACUUCAAGCGUUGUGAGAGAGCCUUCAGAAGAGUCUCUGAACCAAACUGAAUUCCUGAGACGUUCUGAUUCCUUUGACUCGUCUGCGAGGAGGACUUUGAGCAUGAAAAAUCGAGAAAGGGCUUCAUUGAGCCGUAAGGCUUCGACAGAGAGAAGGACAUCCUACGACGCCAUGAUGGCCAAGGUCCCCAGAACAGACUCCGUCGAGCGGAUCCAUCAAGAUUCACGACGUGGCUACGCUUCAAUGAGCGCAACUGAAUCCCAAACCGAAUCAGCUUUUGGAGAAUGGUCAACGAAAGCUUCAGCCGAUGGAGCGAAACAAAUAGUGAAGUCGAAGCCUACCGCCGACGAGAAAACAAGUUUUAACGCUAAAAAUCUACCGCCACGAGAUGAAGAAUCAUUUGCGCUGUGGAGCACGAGUUUGCCCGAAUCGGCUAUUGUGACAUUGCGAGAGCAUCUGACUGAAACUGACCAGUUCAAACUAGACACUAAUCAACAAAAUGUAAGCACUGAGGACUUAGUGGUUAAGCUGGAAAGGGUUAAUUCUGUUUCGAAAGCUACAGGGCUGAUGAAGGCGACGAGCGACGUUGAGGUAGACCGCAUGUUCGGGAUAGAAACAACGUCUUCGGGCACCUCUCUGGAGAAGAGGGCUCAAAUCGAAUCGUGGAUCUCUAGUCUUCCCGACAAAACGACGGCCGACGAAGCGUUCGCAGAUGUUCAAGAGUUUCUAGAGUCUGAAACGACUAUCGGCGGGUCAGCAGGAAGAAUCGAAGCUCCGGCGGAGCAAUAUUUGGACUCUUCUAUUGAAAUGAAGCACAAAAUGUCAGUCAGCGUUAAUCAUCAAAUGGCGGCGUCCAAAACUGAACAAAUCGAGAAACCGUUCAAUCUUGAAUCGACGAAAGGCCUCCAGGAAGGAGUUACGAAAGAUUUCUCGGACAAAGGUCAUGCAAGCGAGGACUUGAAAACUGCUUGGCAUGAAACUGCAGCCGAUGCGAGUCUCUCAUUCGACACUGAAAGUGGAGUUGCUCGAGUGGACAACAAGAUCCCGAGAACGGAGCAAGAAACGAAGAAGUUGAGAGAAAGUAGAGAAGAAGAAAUCGUUGGCCUUUGGAACACAUCUUCACAAGGAGAAUUGGCAGAUAAAACCAUGGGGUUGAAGACAAAAGCAGAGAAAAUGUCUCUUGAAACAAUGGCAGCGACCGAAACGGAAAAUGAGAUAACAGCCGGAUUGAACCGUUCUCCAUCUCAAGAAGUCAAUGAGAAGAUUCCAUCUAAAACCCUGGAAGAAGCAAGCGCCGAGUUCGCAAUUUCAGCCGGAUCUUGUGAAACUUCAAUAAAAAGAGAAGAUGAUGAAAAUCAAACGCAGAGAACUUUCAGGGACUCAAAAAGCGAAGAAGCCAGGAGAAAUCUUCAUGAAUUUGGAAAAGCUGAUGCUUCAAUGGGUUUUGCAGCAGAUAGUUUGACUUCGCCUCAACCAGCUUCUGAGCAAGCUGAGAAAAUCCUCAUCGAAACGAGGCAUCUCAGAGGCAGCUUGACAGGGAGAGCAACAACUACUGUCGAUACCGUGCAGGAUUCGAACAUUUCUCGUCAAGACGAAUUUUCUGCGGAAGCUUCUUUGACGAAGCAGGUUCCAAGGGCUGAUUCAGCAGUCAAGGAAACAAAACAAGCUGAGUCAAACACGGUUAGAACUGAAUCAGUCAAGCAUUUAGAUGAGUCUCACGGCUCUACUACAGCCACACUUCAAGCAGGGCGCCAGGAAGAGUCAAUGAAAUCCCUAAGAGAGAGCAAAAAAGAGGAAAUCGUUGGACUGUGGCGAACGUCUUCACAUGGCGAACUAACAGAGAAAACUCUUCCUGAGAACGUCGACGCAGAACAAUUGAAAUUGUGGACAAAAGCUCCAGUGGAAGAAACGGCUGCGAUGACAGCAGGAUUCAAAAACGAGGCUGAUGGAGAAGUUUCUGGUAAACUGGAUUUCAAAACAACGGACGCAGCUGAUGCCAAAUUCGGCAUUGUUGUUGGAUCUUGUGAAAAAUCUAUGCAGAAAAAAGUUCAUGAAAAUGAAGCACAGAAAGUUUUGAAAGACUCGAGAAACGAAGAAGCCAAGAGGCUACUUCAUGAGUUCGGUGAAGCUGAAGCCGGCAUGGGUUUCACAGCCGAUAACUUAACCUCCCCUCAGCCGGCUUUUGAGCAAGCAGAGAAAAUUCUCGCAGAAAAGAGGCAAGUCAGCGGAAGUUUGACAGGAAAGGCUUCAACUACUGUCGAUGCAGUUCAAGAUUCUGAUGUUUCACGACAAGGCGACUUUUCUGCAGAAGCUUCUCUGACAAAACAGGUUCCGAGGGCUGAAUCAGUAAUAAAGGAAACGAAGCAGCCUGAAUCUAACAUAAUUCAGACUCAAUCAACCAAGAACAUGGCUGAGUCUCAAGAUUCCACUACUAUUUCGCUCAAAUCCCAGAACCAAGAGAAGACAGUGAAGUCGACGUUUGAAAGCAAAGAAGAGGAAGUUGUAGGGUUGUGGAGGACGUCGUCACGUGGAGAGCUGACUCAAAAAACUCUUCCUGAAAACGUAGACGCAGAACAGUUAAAAUUGAUGACAAAGGCUCCAGUGGAAGAAACGGCCGCGAUGACAGCCGGUCUACAAAGAGAUGCGACUGAAGAAGCUUUUGAGAGAUUUUCUCUUCGGAUGUCAGAAGGAAUUGAAGCGCAGUUUGGUAUUGCCGCAGGAGUCUGUGACGCUUCUAUGCAAAAAGAUACUCUUGAAAAUCGAACACAGGGAAUUUUGAAGGACUCCAAAAAUGAAGAAGCCAGGAGAAAUCUUCACGAGUUUGGAAAAGCUGAUGCUUCGAUGGGUUUUGUGGCCAAUGACUUGACAUCGCCUCAGCCAGCCUUUGAACAAACUGAAAAAGUUCUUAUCGAAAAGCGACAUCUUAGUAGCAGCUUGACAGGAAAGGCUACCACAACUGUCGAUGCAAUUCAAGAUUCUGAUGUUUGCCGACAAGGCGAUUUUUCUGCAGAGGCUUCUUUGUUGAAACAAGUCCCCAGAGCAGAGAAAGCGUCAAAAGAAACAAGACAGGCCGAGUUCGAAACGGUAGAAACUCAAUCAACCAAGCACUUGGCAGGGACUCAGGACUCUACGGCAAUUUCUCUCAAGUCCCGAAAUCAGGAGGAAUCGACGAGGUCUCUACUCGAGAGCCGAGAAGAGGAAAUAGUUGGACUUUGGCGAACGUCUUCACAUGGCGAAUUAACCGAGAAAACUCUUCCUGUGAACGCCAACGCAGAACAGUUGAAAUUGACAGCAAAAGCUCCAAUCGAAGAAACGUCUGGUAUUUCUGCAGGACUACAAAAAAAUAAUCAAGAAGAAGUUUCUGGAAAAAUUGUUUCCCGAAUUUUGGAAGGAACCGACGGCAAGUUUGCUAUUGCUGUGGGAGCUUGCGAAUCUACUAUGACAAAAGAAGAUGACUCGAACGAUGCCGAGACGGUUUUGAAGAAAGUUUCAGAAGGACAAGCCAGUCAAAAAGUUUGCGAGUUUGGAAAAACUGAAGCGGGCAUGGGUUUCGUGGCCGAUAGCUUGACCUCGCCGCAGCCAGCUUUUGAGCAAACGGAGAAAAUUCUCGCAGAAAAAAGACAAAUCAGCAGCAGUUUGACAGGAGUAGCUACAACGAUUGUGGACGCAGUUCAGGACUCAAAUAUGUCUCGUCAGGGCGAAUUUUCUGCGGAAGCUUCUUUGACGAAACAGGUUCCAAGGGCUGAUUCAGCAGUUAAAGGAACAAAACAAGCUGAGUCAAACACAGUUGGAACUGAAUCAGUCAAGCAUUUGGAAGAGUCUCGCGAAUCUACUACAGCCACACUUCAAGCAGGGCGCCAAGAAAAGUCAGUGACAAAUCUGAGGGAAACCAAAGAAGAGGAAAUCGUUGGACUGUGGCGAACUUCUUCACAUGGCGAGCUGGCGCAUAAAACUCUUCCUGAAAACGCCGAAACAGAAAAAAUUCACCUUUUGACAAAAGCAGCAGAGGAAACGUCAACUGGAGUUUCUACAGGACUUGAAAAAACGGCGACUGAGGAGGUUUCGGGAAAAAUGGCUUUCAAAACAACGGGUGCGGCUGACGCCAAAUUCGGCAUUGCUGCAGGAGCCUGUGAAAGUUCGAUGCAAAAAGAUGCUGAUGAAAAUCAAACGCAGAGAAUUUUGAAAGACUCGAAAAGCGAAGAAGCCAAGAGAAAUCUUCACGAGUUUGGAAAAGCUGAGGCUGGCAUGGGUUUCACAGCAGAUAGUUUGACCUCGCCUCAGCCAGCUUUUGAGCAAACGGAGAAAACACUCACAGAAAAAAGGCAAAUCAGCGGCAGUUUGACAGGAAAGGCCACCACAACUGUCGAUGCAGUUCAGGACUCAAAUAUUUCUCGUCAGGGCGAACUUUCUGCAGAGGCUUCUUUCUCGAAGCAGGUUCCUAGGGCUGAAUCAGUAAAUAAAGACACUAGACAGUCAGAAGUCAUGGAGGUUGGAACUGAGUCCACUAAAAAAACUUUAGAGUCUCAUGAUUCCACUGAAAUUUUGCUCAAAUUAGGAAACCAUGAGAAAUCAGUGACAUCCAUGCGCGAAAGUAAAGAAGAGGAAAUUGUUGGGUUAUGGAGAACGUCUUCGCGUGGAGAGUUAACAGAGACUGUUCUUACAGAAAAUACCAAUCCGGAGCAACUACACCUCAGGACAAAGGCCGCCGCAGAAGCAACGACUGGGAUCUCCUCCGGACUUCAACGUCGUCCGGUAGAAGGAGUCGAAGGAACUGUUGCCUUCCAAACUUUGGAAGGAGCCGAAGCAAAGUUUGGUAUUUCCACUGAGGCUUUCAAAACUUCAAUGCAAAGAGAGGAAAGUACGAAAAACGCUCAAACAAUUUUGAAGGCUUCUAAAAGAGAAGACGCCAGCCAGAAAAUUCACGAAUUUGGCCAAGUCGAUGCAGGAUUAGGCUUUGUGGCUGACAGUUUGGUUUCUCCUCAGGAGGCUCGAGAACAAACGGAGAGCGUCCUUAUCGAGAAGCGAAAUUUCAGCAGCAGUUUGACCAGCCAAGCUACAACGACUACAGAUGCAGUGAACGAGUCUGAUGUGAAACGUGAAAAUUCAGAAGGAUCAGCAUCCAUGACAAAACAGAUGCCGAGAGCCGAGUCAGUGAGCAAAGACACCAAACAGUCCGAGUUCGAAACGGUAGAAACUCGAUCAGCCAAGCAUUUGGCAGAAUCUCAAGACUCGACUUCUAUUUCUCUCAAGUCACGAAAUCAGGAAGAAUCUACGAGGUCUCUAAUUGAGAGCCGUGAAGAAGAAAUCGUUGGACUGUGGCGAACGUCUUCCCGUGGAGAGCUCGCUCAAAAAACCCUUCCGGAAAACUUCGAUGCAGAAAAGCUUCAGCUUUCGACAAAAGCCGCAUCAGAGGCCAUGGCCGGAGUGUCCGCCGGACUUCAAAAAGCUCCGACUGAACAAGUUGCUGGGAAAAUGUCUCUUCGAACUUCAGAGGAAACGGAGGCAAAGUUUGGCAUCGCUUCAGAAUCUUAUGAGACUUCGAUGAAAAAAGCAGAGAGUUCAAAUAACGUUCAAACUCUUUUGAAAGAUUCUACAGGAGCCGACACCAGUAAAAAAGUUUAUGAGUUCGGAAAAGCUGAUGCAGGACUAGGCUUUGUGGCCGACAGCUUAGUUUCUCCUCAGCCAGCCUUUGAACACGCCGAAGGCGUCAUUUUGGAUAAGAGGAAUAUCAGCAGUAGUCUGACAGGAAAGGCUACAACAACUGUCGAUGUCGUUCAGGAUUCGGAUAUUUCUCAUCACGGCGUCUUUUCCGCAGAAGCUCAUUUGACGAAGAGGGACAUCAGAGCCGAAUCUGUGGCUAAAGAAACGAAACAGUCCGAGUUCAACACAAUUGAAACAAACACGACCAAGCAAGCCCUCGACUCUCAAGGCUCAACUGCAACCACACUUCAGGCUGCCCGUCAAGAAAAAUCGGAGACAAUCGUCUACGAAAGCAAAGAAGAGGAAAUUGUUGGACUUUGGCGAACUUCUUCACAUGGCCAGCUGGCGCAAAAAACUCUUCCUGAAAACGCCGAAACAGAAAAAAUUCACCUUUUGACAAAAGCAGCAGAGGAAACGUCAACUGGAGUUUGUACAGGACUUGUGAAAACUGCGACUGAGGAGGUUUCGGGAAAAAUGGCUUUCAAAACAACGGACGCUGCUGACGCCAAUUUCGGCAUUGCUGCAGGAGCCUGUGAAAGUUCGAUGCAAAAAGAUGCUGAUGAAAAUCAAACGCAGAGAAUUUUGAAAGACUCGAAAAGCGAAGAAGCCAAGAGAAAUCUUCACGAGUUUGGAAAAGCUGAGGCUGGCAUGGGUUUCACAGCAGAUAGUUUGACCUCGCCUCAACCAGCUUUUGGGCAAACUGAGAAAACACUCACAGAAAAAAGGCAAAUCAGCGGCAGUCUGACAGGAAAGGGUUCAACAACCGUCGAUGCAGUUCAAGAUUCAAACAUCGUUCACCAGAGCGACUUUUCUUGCCGAAGCUUCUUUGACAAAACAAGUCUCCAGGGCAGAAUCUGUAGUCAAAGAUACUAA